AUGAAAUCAAUGGAGAACAUCUGUAAGUUCUUCCGUUUCAGUUUUUGUAGAAAACGAUUUAAGGGCUUGGGAAUGGACCUCAAAAUUUUAUCAAGAAAAUCUUCUCAAAGACAACUUUUAAAAACUUAUGGACAGAAAAUAAAUUUAGAUUUAAGCAGAGAAAGCAUAGAAAAGAAAGACAUUGGGAAUUCCAUCUAG